AUGACAUUUGAACAACAAUUUCAACGUAUAAUUGAACUUAAUGUUCGUUUUUUAAUCUAUGAAAAACCUCCAUCAGGUAUUGCUGAUCGAAUAAUUCAUUUCAUUUCAAGUUAUUUCGCAGCUUUAUUAACAAAUCGAUUAUUUAUAUUUGAUAGAAAUUGGUCAGAAUUUAUAGACAUUAUGCAAUCGAGUUUAAAUUAUCAACCAGAAUCUGUUAUUCCUUGGUUUUCUCAGUUUGACAUGAUUAAGAAAAAUUUAUCUUUAAACAUUCAAAAUAAUUUAACAAUAAAAAGUUAUUCGUUUUCUUUCGAUCGACACAAUACAGACUAUGAUUAUGAAAAACAUUGUCGUGAACGUAUUCUUAUAUUUAGAGGUCAUACAGGAGGUGUUAUACAUGCAAUAAAAUCAAAUUCAAGUGUCUAUAGGAAAUUUUUAACUAUUGAUCUUGAAAUGAAUCCAGAAAAUAUUUUUGGAUGUCUUUAUCAUUCUCUUUUUACUUAUCGUUUAUCUGAAUUGAUCAAAAGAGUUCCAGUAAUUUCUUCAAAUAACCAAUUAGGUCAUUCACCUCGACAUAUUUUACAGACACUUUUAUCACCGAGAGUUUUUCCAAUUGGAAUUCAAAUUCGUGCUGGUGAUCGAACAAUGACUCGAACAAGUGUUCCCUUUGAUGAAACAACAAUUUUUAAGAGAUUUAAAAACUUUUUUAACUGCUCUCAACAAAUAAUUAAUGCGAAUAUAAAAUUAUUUCGUGAAACAAAUCAAAUUCCAAUUGUUUUUCUAUUAUCCGAUGAUAUUCAAAUACGUCACGUUGCUUUAAAACGUUGGAAAUUCUCAUUAGAAUGCUUUCAAUCAUUUGACAAUAAGUGUCAAUCCAAUAAUAACAGUUUAAAUAUUUUAGCUAAUUCCAAUCCCGUUUUUCAUGUAUCAAAUGCAAAUGAUCGAAUAUUAGCCCUUCGAUUAGGAAUAUUUGAUAAUUUUCUUUUUAGUUUAUGUGAACAACAUAUAUUCAGUAUAAAAAGUGGAUUUGGUCGUUUUGCGGCUUUUGCAUCUUUAAAACUACGAAAUAUUUAUUCAUUUUUUCAUAAUGAACAACCUUCUUGUCAAAAUCAAAGUGUACCACUUGCAACUGCAGGUUAUCAUUGGUCGGGAAUUUAA